CUCAUCACCACCAUGUAGACCAACAGCAAUAUGCUGAUGAAUGCAAAGUCAGAAUCAGGUUCUAGGAAUAAUAUAAAAGCAAUUAACGGCUGUAUGGUGUAUCUCCGUAGUACUCUGUAGAACAUCAAGAUGUUCGCCGUAGCAACAGGUGCCAGUCUGUGUAUGCUCAGUGUUGCAGGUGGUGCACUGUUGGUGGUGGCUUUGCUUCUUUGUGCCCACUCUAGAAAAAGUGUUAAAAUUCAAGAGCCCGAUGUGGAGUCAGAUGCUAAUGAAAAUCAGGAAGAGGCAUCAAAGAAGCUUAUCGAUGCUCCAUCUCCACCAAAAACACCUAAUGGUAAUUCCCCAAAAACAUUGGACCUGUCUUUAUCAGAGGUUGAUCGCAACUCUGGCAUUAGUAGGCAGUCGAAAAAUCAAAGAAGUCAUACCAAUGUUCCGACAAGACAAUCUGCUAAGAAACCUGAGAAAACGAAAGAUCCCGCUGCAAGACGACCCAUGAGUGAGCACGUAGUCUCUCCUUCAUUCGCGAGCAAAUUGCCUAUGAGUACGUCUGAGAGGCGACUACCGGCAAUCCCGCCGCCUACUGGAGUUCCUGCUAUUGUGAACCCUCCAGACUUUGAUCAAACGUAUGACUUUAUACCAGAACGUGGGAACUCAAAGGAUCCAAAUUAUCAAAUGAUUAAAGAUGCGAUGGAUCCAAAUUACCAGAGGGUUAAUGAUGCAGAUGGUGCAAAGUCAAAACGGAAUCCAGAUUAUGAAAUAGUAAAAGGUGAAAACCUUGUAAAGAAUGUUGAAAACCUUAAAUCCGAUCAAGCUACCUCUGAACAGUCAGUUGUCGGUGAGAAAAAGGAAGACCCUUAUGCAAAGGUAAAGGGUGAUGACCCUUAUGCAGAGGUCAAAAAUACAGAUUCUAAUGAUAAAGACUAUGAUGGUGAUUAUGCUGAAGUGAAGGUUGUUAAUGAUCCGUAUGCAAAGGUUGAAAGUCUUACAUUAAAUGGACCUGUUGAGGGUGCUGUUGCAGCACUUGUUGAUGUGCAGGAACAGAAAGACUAUGAAAGUGUUGAUGAAACGACCGUUAUGAAUUGCCCCGGCAAUCAUUCACCUCGACCAGUAGAUCAUGAUAACCAGUCAGAAAGUAGGUCGGCACAGCCAGCACUACCAAGAGUACCCCCCGAGGUUUUACCUAUUGACUUUCCAGUGGCUGGACCUAGCAAUAGAACUGAACCACCAUAUACGCAGGUUAGUGCCAGAGAAAGUUUAGAAAGUAUCCGGGAGAGGAAAGAGCGAGAAAGACGCCAGAAUCCAUCGGUUUACACUUCUGUUGAUGAAGAAAGCUCAGCUGAUUAUGAUCAACUCUACGAGCAAGUUGAGUCAGUCUUAACAACCUCUGAACUCCGACCCCCUGCUUUACCACCAAUGUCAAACAGAAACUCAAGAGUGAUUGCACCUUCAGAUGUGGUUAUUGUUCCACAACAGUCCUGCACAUUACCUGUAACUGGAAUAUCUUUGCAACAGCAUUAUGAGGAGAUAGGCACAGAAGGGCUCCCCCAGCCACCAAGGCAGAACACAAUACCUUCUCCUAUUCCUGUAGAGUCAAGAGAUGGUGCAGUUAUGCCUGUGUAUGCUGUUGUUGAUAAAUCCAAACAAAAAGGUGGUGCAAAGAAAAGCAGCCAACCACAGCCAGACCAACAGAACGCAACUGAUUUCAGCUAUCUGUAUGCCAAGGUAGAGAAAAACGGCAAAAAUAAGCAGAAAGCCGGCCAAGGAAACUCUACGUCCGAAAAUCCUUUUGCUGGAACAGGAGCAAGGCCAAAGGUGAAGGGUCACAACUCUCGUGACUCUACAGGAAGCUUUGAGGGCAUUCCGGUCAGAGAGACAGGGUACCAGAGUAUCGAAGAAUGUAAAGAUGGCGAUGACCAUUCCCCAAAUUCUUCCCAGAAUGCCACUCAUCAAUCUUAUCAAAAUAAGGAGACAAUGCAUUUAUACGAAGCAGUUAGUGAAAAAGAUGACAAGGCGCCAAUUACGAUGAGUACAGAACCGCCAAGGGAUAUGGUUCAUAUUGAAUCUAUCAAAACUCCAGAAAAUUUCUGGAGACGCAAACAUCAUACUUAUGAGUCAAUGGCAGAUGAUGACGAUGGCGAGACGACUAAGAUCACAGCAUCAAAAUCAUCACCAUCUCUAAAGACGUCAGUGCGCCAGUCAGAUCAUAUGUAUGAAGAGGUACGCCUUGAGGCAAAUUCCCGAUCAUCCGUAAUGAAAAUUAAAUCCAACACGUUAAACGGUGACGCACGGGACUAUAGAAGACAGAUGGAGAAAGAAAAGAGUAGUAAAAACAAUAACAAAGGUGAAAAGAAGAAAGGAAAGAAGCAAGGGAAAGAAGGAAAAGGCAAAAAUAAAACAGAUGCGAAGAAACAGCGAGAAAAGUUAAAAAAGCAUGACUAUCAGAAUUGGCCAACACGCUCACCAUCAAUGUAAUAAGUUAUCAUGUGAUAGUGAUUCAGUCAGCUUGGAUUUUAUUUUGCACCAUACUUUACGUCAAUGUUCUGUUUGGUUGGACACUCAUGACUUGGCAACAACUUAGGAUGCAUCAAAUUAGGUUAUUUCAAUUUAAAAAUAAUGUAAUAUCCUUUAGUAUUGUAUUCUUUGCGAUGUUAAGCUAGACACACACUGCAUAGGCCUAUGGUCGUGCUGACUUUUGGGUGACAAAUUGAGCUCUGCCCUGUAUGAGCGUUUAGAAAUGUGGUACCAUCUUCUGUUGGUUAUUAUCUAAGCAGAUUGUUUGAAAAAUACAUGCCCGUCGAUCUGUUAGGUUCGGUGCAGUGCAAUACAGAUUAAUUCAUUUAAAUUAUAGCAACUUGCUCUUGCUCUUGAAAAAUUAUCAUUAAAAUAUUCGGCCAGUCUUAAUCUGAGCAGAUCGUCGUUGAAAACUGAUUGUCACACCCCUAUUGUGGUCAGUGCAGUGCAAUAGAUAUUAAUUCAUUUAAGUUAUAACAACUUGCAUUGUGUUUCUGGCUCC